UAAGUGCAGCUUGGAAGCUUAGCUUAAACAUGUGUGCAUGCAGGAUCGGGAGCGGCUGUUCUGCUGCCACGUUCGACGGAGGAGGUGUCCGCAGUUCUGUCGCAUUGUCAUGGCCGCCGCUUGGCCAUCUGCCCACAGGGCGGCAACACGGGCCUUGUGGGUGGCAGCGUGCCGGUCUUUGACGAGUUGGUCCUCUCGACAGCACGCAUGGCCAAAGUGAACACCAUCGACCCCUUGUCCGGUGCAGUGUCUUGUGAGGCCGGCUGCGUGCUGGAGGCACUGGACGCACGGGUGGGGGAGGAGGCAGCACUCACAGUUCCCCUCGACUUGGGCGCCAAGGGCUCCUGCCACAUCGGAGGCAACGUGGCCACCAACGCAGGAGGCCUGCGGCUGCUCCGCUAUGGCCCGCUGCAUGGUUCCGUGCUCGGACUGGAAGCGGUGCUGGCAGACGGCACCGUGCUGGACACCUUGCAGACAUUACGCAAGGACAACACAGGCCUGGACCUGAAGCAGCUGUUUAUUGGCUCCGAGGGCAUCCUGGGCAUAAUCACGCGCAUUGCCAUCCAGUGCGUGCCUCGGCCGUUCUCUGUGUGCGUUGCUUUCCUCGGCUGCCCUAGCUUCGAGGCCACGCUGCAGACUUUCCGCAUGGCACGCCAGCAGCUGCCCGAGUUCCUCUCAUCCUUUGAGGUGAUGGACGCGGAGUCAAUGCGCUGCGUUCGAGACAACAUGCGCCUUCGACUGCCCUUGGAAGGGGAACACCCAUUCUAUCUGCUCAUCGAAGUGGCUGGCACGAACGAAGACACCCUGGAAGAGAGCCUGCUGCGCUUUGUGGACAGCUGCAUGGGCCACUCUCACGUCUCGGAUGGAACAAUGGCCAAGGAUUCAGCACGUGUCAAGGAAUUGUGGCAUCUGCGCGAGAGCAUCAGUGAAGCACUGCGUCGCGACGGCUAUGUGUACAAGUACGACAUCUCGGUGCCACUGACCUCAUACAUGGAUGCAGUGGCUCUGGUGGGCGAUAAGGUGCGAGGCACCAGUGCUGUACGUGUGUGCGGCUUUGGGCACAUGGGCGACUCCAACUUGCACCUGAACAUCACCUCCGCUGGCUGGGAUGAGGCACUGUUGGCGCGCAUUGAACCGUUUGUGUACGAGUGGACAGCCUCCAUGCGGGGAAGCAUCAGCGCCGAGCAUGGAAUUGGUCUGCACAAGAAACGGCACCUGCACCUGUGCAAGACGCCUGCUGCCCUGGGGGCCAUGCGCAGCCUCAAACAGGCUUUCGACCCACUCGGAAUUCUUAACCCAUACAAGAUGCUGCCUACUUUGUGACUCUCAGAGUGGUAUGCAUGGCAGUGCUUGGAAAUUUCUUAGAGAAGGCGGUACUACGUAUGUCACAAAUGUUUACCUGCACAAUGAACAGUGCAAGAAAAGAAAUGGACAUGACAGACAUUGCACGUUCGUUUUAUACCCAAUAUCUUUACACAAUAUGCUCUUUUGUCGUAUUAUUAUGCGAGAAUCCUUCGUUUUUAAGCAUCGGCGCAAGUAUGUGCCGAUAUAUUUAAACCUUGAUAUGACGAGGUUUAGUAUAAUGAAAUUGUCAAUAUAAAGAAGCAUUUAACUUUUUAUAAUUUCCUGUCCAUAGGGUACCGUGUAUUUUGAAACCCAAUACUAUAACAAAGUUUCAAUAUAACAAAAUUUCACUGCUGAUGCUAAGAAGUACUGAGGCAAUCAAUGGAAACUGCCACAGGUGCACAUCAUUUAAUUACAUGGUGUUGCUUACGAAUGCACCUCUCGCCCCCCACACGACAGAGAGCAGCCGUCGAAGUGCGUCUGAUAAACACUAAAUGCAAGACCCUCUUGUCAUCGUGUUCCUUAUAAAGUGCAUUAAGAUCCAAUAAUCGGAUUUUGCUUGAUUUCUCGGACAUGUCGUGCGCAUACAAUGUCACAAAUUUACAACAAACAUGGUGGCCGUGAACGAUAGGCUGUCGUCUGUGGCCCCGCUUUCCUUUGCGGCGUCCACUAGGUACAUUUGCGGCAUCCACUAGGUACAUUUGGGUGCUGCCUUGACCGGACUGUGUGGAGAGCGGUCUGCUGAUAGCAUCGUCCCGCUGCAGGCGACACUAUCAGAUGCAGUGCCAGAGUGGACGCGAAAGCUUCGCAGGCUUCGCUUUGUUCUCUAGAUGUGAAGAUAUCGUUGGCGCGGCAUGAAGUCGUUAAUUUCGUCGCCAACUCUCAAAUUCAGGGAUAUAGCAUUUCUUUCUUAGUGUAAUUCGUUGUUUUCUAUUGCCCGAUAAUCCGGAAAUUUUUACAGCUCUGUCCAUAUGAAAAUAAUUUGUACUUUUGCACUGUUUUGCUGAAUUGUACUUUUGCAUAAAAGGUCAAAUUUCAAUAUAAAGAAGUGCUGAUUUUUACCGACUUGGUUAUAUCGAGGUUUAGCUGUAUGUAUCACAUACAGUGUUGUACACGUUCCUCUAAAACGGGAACGAAAGCUCGUUCCUCGUUCCUUCCCAAUAUUGGAACGAGUUCCCGUUACAAAUUACUUUAAUGCAAAAGGAAUGCGUUCCAAUUACACUUCUAACAUUGGAACGUGUCGUUACAUUAACGUUACAUUUGAUUUCUUUAAAUUUAAAUAUCGUGUCAGAUAAUCCUGCGGCGAAAUAAAGUGAGUAAUUUAAAACUCACAUCGAACUACAUAUUUGAACAUUGCCGGCGGCAGAUUAUCUGGAGAUGAAAAGAAUCCAAAGAAACGCUCCUAGAUGAAUUUUUUUUUCAGGCAGCACCGGACACACUCCAGACAUGUCUAACUGCAACUUUGGUGCUCAUCCAUUACAAGUGCAACACAUAUGGCACUUUCCACUUGCACUAUUUUCCUCUGUCGCAGUGGUAAUAUUAUUCUACUUUAUAAGUCCACGUGAGCAUGCCAAAUUGAACAUAAUGGUCGGAAUCCAAUUUGGCAGGGGCUAAGCAAGUAUUUGUUCUGUAUAAAUUUAAUCAUACGCAUAUAUAGUAUUUUUUCAAUUCUCGGAACUCGACUCGGGGUGGGGUCACUUCCUGUUUCUGCAGCGCUUUUCU